UUGACAAAAAAUAAGUAUCUUGUGCACUUAAAAGAACUUGAUCUCCGGGGCUGCAAAUAUCUUACAACGAUUCCAAAUCUGUCCAAUGCCAAAAAUAUUGAAACUAUUGAUCUUGAAGGUUGUGAAAGAUUAACUGAACUUCCUUCAUCUAUUCAGUAUCUUGACAAGCUGGAAAACCUUAAUCUUAGACACUGUGCUAUGCUUAUGAGUCUUCCAGACAAACUUGAUUCAAAUUAUCUUAAAGAAUUUCAUCUUACUCGUUGCUCAAAUGUCAAAAAAUGCCCUGAAAUUUCUUCAAAUAUAGCCUUACUAGAUUUGCGUUAUACUGCCAUAACAGACUUGCCUCCAUUUCAAAAUUCUACUGUUCAAAAUGAACUUGAUCUCACUGGCUGCUCGAAUCUCUGCAAGUUUCCAGACAUCUCGGGAAAUAUAAAACACUUAUGUUUAACAGAUUCUGCCAUAGAAGAAGUGCCCUCAUCAAUCCAAUUUCUAACAGGACUUGUCAGAUUGAUAAUUAAAAACAAUAGGAAGCUCUUGAAACUCCCUGAUAGCAUUUGUAUGUUAAAAUCUCUUAAAGUUCUAGACUUAUCUGGAUGCACAAAUUUUGAGUGUUUUCCAGAAAUCUUGGAGCCUAUGGACUCUCUUUCUAAUCUUUUUUUAAGGCAAACGUCUAUUAAAGAGCUACCAUCACCUAUUGAGCACUUAGGACGCCUCACACGGUUGAUUUUGGAUUCUUGUAAAAAGAUUGCAAGCCUUUCAAGUACAAUGCAUCAACUUUCUCGAUUGAAUAUGAUUGACUUAAGUUGCUGUGACAGUCUUCGUGUACUACCGCAGUUUCCGCAGUCUCUUAAAAAUUUGAAGGCAAACCAUUGCAAAUCAUUAGAAACCUUGUCGAGCAAGAGCGAAUGCAAUUUCCAGAAUAUGCAUUUGGCAAAUUGUUUAGAGUUGGAAGGGAAAGUUGAUGCCCAAUUUGCUAUUCAGAUUAUGGCAGCAAAGGUUUGCGAAAAUGGAGAUGAAGCUAGAUUUCUAUUUCCAGGAAGUGAAAUUCCUCAAUGGUGUCGUUACAAAAGUAUAGGAUCUUCAGGAAUAAUAAAAUUACCCUCAAAUUGGGAUAAGUUGAAGGGUGUUAUUCUUUGCAUAGUCUUUGCAUUGGAUCAGGAGCCUCCAAGGUCAUUAGAGUCUCCAAAUGAGUAUUGGAUUAGAUGCAAAUGCUAUGCUAAAGCUAAUAGUUAUGAACAUGAAGAUUUAGAAGAAAUAAUCAUUUGGGAUAGGCAAUGCUUCGAUGGUGACCUCCAUUUAGUUAAAUCAGAUCAUGUGUUUGUGUGGUUUAAUCCUUUUGGCACACUAUUUGAAGGUAGUUCAUUUGUCGAUCUGUUGAAGAAAUAUUCUGGGAGUGAGGCUCGCUUUGAAUUCUGCAUUGAGGGUUAUUCUGAACUUGCAAGGCAUUGCAACUGGAGGGUGAAAAAAUGUGGGGUUGAUCUAUUAUUUGAUGAUGAAGCCAUAACGAAGGAAACUUUUGCCUCUGAAGAAAAGGAAGAAAUUGAACCAAAACCCAAGAGAUCAAAGCAUUAACAUCGGAAUGCAGGGGAGUGUGUCGUUGAGAUUGCUUGGAAUUUAUAUUACUAGUUAAAAUAUCAAUUCAUCUUUGUAAAAUAAAGAGAACUUAUAUUGUUAUCGCCAGGGUAGAAAAAGUCAUUGCUAUAUAAGAAUAAAUUAUAUAGUAUGAAUAAUACCUUUCUUUUUUAUCAGCAAAAUAAUUAAUUUUAUUAUUAAAAUAGAUUGGAAAA